AUGGGUUUCCUGUUUGUGUCACAUGUAAAGAGAGCCGGUUCAGUCGAGAAGGAAAACAUUUAUUGAGGGCAACAGUAUCUAUUUAAUCGAGGUAUCGUCAUGGCACCGAUGUGAGGUUGGUAUGUUUGGGCAAGAAACAUAUUUCUGCUGGAGAAGGUCUGCCCUUUGGCAGAGUGUUGCCUUGCUCAGCCCAUCUGCCACUGGGAGAGGCUAACAGUGAAGCAGCAUGUCCAGUGGGAAUGAGUCCUGCCUGUUUGAGAAUGGAUCCAUCAACUUCCUCUCCUGCUUAGUUCAUGUGUGGGAGGAGUGGGCAGGGCUCGGGAAGCUCGAGGACUUCCUCAGUUUCUUGGAGUAUUUGGUCUGGGUUUUCACACCUCUAGCAGUGGUCUUCAUCCUGCCUUUUCUUAUAGUUAUCUUCCUCUAUCUAUCCAUACUCUUCCUCCAUGUGUACAAACGCAAGAACCAGCUGAGGGAAGCUUAUUCCAAUAACCUGUGGGAUGGUGCGAGGAAAACUCUGGCGACCCUAUGGGAUGGACAUGGAGCUAUUUGGCAUGGUUAUGAAAUCCAUGGUUUAGAGAAGAUUCCAGAUGAAGGACCUGCUCUCAUAGUCUACUAUCAUGGGGCGAUUCCUAUAGACUACUAUUAUUUCUUGGCAAGUCUUAUCAUUCAGAAGGGAAGAACUUGUCAUUCGGUGGCUGAUCAUUUUCUGUUCAAGGUCCCAGGGUUUAAGCUCCUCUUGGAAGUGUUUAGUGUGAUCCACGGACCGCAGGAGGAGUGUGUGAAGGCUCUGCGGAACGGCCACCUUCUGGGCAUCUCUCCUGGAGGAGUACGGGAGGCCCUGUUCAGCGAUGAGACGUACCCUCUGAUCUGGGGCAAACGCAAAGGAUUUGCACAAGUGGCCAUUGACUCUAAAGUGCCAGUUAUACCAAUGUUUACUCAAAACUUGAGGGAGGGAUUUCGCUCUCUUGGAACAUUAAGAUUUUACCGAUGGGUGUAUGAGAGGUUUCGUCUGCCGAUAGCACCGAUCUAUGGAGGAUUUCCAGUCAAAUUUCGCACCUACUUGGGUGACCCCAUUCCAUACGACCCCAAACUCAAUGCAGCUGAGCUGGCUGAAAAGGUGCAACAGGCAGUUCAAGCACUAAUCGACAAGCACCAGAAGAUACCUGGAAACGUCCUCCGAGCUCUUUUGGAGCGAUUCCAAAGGGAACACAAAGAAGAUUAGCACACUUGCCUUCUCAGACUGAACGUAUAAAUAUGCUUCAAGUUCAAGCAUAAUUCAACUGAAUAUUGGAGAUAUUAUAUGAUAUUGUUACACCAUGAGAUUAGUAACUACUGAUGAUAUAGUGGACGGAUCAGCAUAUAUAUCAAUGUUGCAUAUCAAAUAAUGGUGCGUGUCUUUGUAAUAUCUGGUUACAUGUAGUCUUGUGCAUGUUAAAGUGUGUUUUUUUUUUUGUGUGUGUGUGAAUAUUAUUAUUAUUAUUAAUAUAUAUAUUUUUUAAUUUGCACACUUUGGUUUUAAUCAAAGGACCACUGCCAAAAACUUUGACCACAAAGCCUUUGGUUAGUAUUUUUAUCUCCUUUUAAUAAAAUCGCAUUCUGUCCAAAUCGAUAAUAUAAAUAAAUGUAGGUUCGGGAGGAGCCUGAUCAUUCA